AUGUCAUUUAGUGAAAAUAUGUCUCGUGAUACGUAUAGCCAACCUCAACAAGGAUAUGGGCAGCCACCUGCAGAAUAUGGAAAACCCCAACAGGGAUAUGGACAACCACCUGCAGGAUAUGGACAACCCCAACAAUACUAUGGAGAAGCACCUGCAUUGUAUGGACAACCCCAAGAAUACUAUGCACAACCUCCUGCAGGAUAUGGACAACCCCAAGAAUACUAUGCACAACCUCCUGCAGGAUAUGGACAACCCCAACAAUACUAUGCACAACCUCCUGCAGGAUAUGGGCAACCUCAACAAUACUAUGCACAACCUCCUGCAGGAUAUGGACAACCUCAACAGGGUUAUGGGCAACCUCAGCAGGGAAAUACUAUUCCUUCUACGAAUGCACCGGCGGUUCCUGCUCAAGCGUCAUAUUAUGAUUAUACUGCGCCAGCAAACUAUGGAGAGGUAGAACAUUGGGAAGGCACUAAUAAGUGGGCGACAAGCAUGUUUAUGGCUCCUUGUAAAGAACCUUGUUUUUGCAUAGCCGCAUGUUUUUGUCCUUGUUGCUGUACAUUUAUGCAACGAAAAAAACUGAUGCUUGACGAUUGGUCUCGUUACAUGUGUUGUGCUGGAAUGUGUGGAAAUCUCUCAUGUUGUGUUUGUAAGGGAGCUGAACCUUGUUGUUUAUGUUUGGAGUCCACUCUAUGUUUAGCAUGUGCUGUACACGGUAAUCGGUUCAUGAUACUUCAACACUACCAUCUUGAGAAUGAUUGUUGUGACGUUGCAAUCAUGUGUGCGGCAUGUAUCUUAGGUAUUGUGGCAGUGAUUCUGCAGAGUGACUCUGUGAAAUUAUUGGCUGACCUUUUGUAUUACAUCACUAUAGGAUGUAUGUUGGCUCAGCAUGAACAUCAAAUGAAAAAAUUUGGUUACCCAAGGGGGCAAAACAUGGUUUAA